AUGAAACUCAAAGCUCACUCGAUAAUGGCCAAAGUUACGGCAACCUCCGACAAUUUCAUGGUCCGAUUCAACCCCGUGCACACGAUCCCAAUGGUUGCGAGUCGCUACCUGACCGCUCCAGGCCAUCCUCUUCGUCCUAAGAUAGCGCAUAUGUGGAAUAAUCGAAGCAAGAAUGAGCUUUGGUGGCGAGUCAACAUCAACGUCGAACUGGGCAGUUACAAACGAGUGGUUCGAUCUUGGGCUGCACGAAGAACACGUUCUGCUUUCCAGCAAGCGUUGGCACACCAUGGCCUCGAUCCACUGGGGCAUCCACUCCCUUCUAUCCCUGAUAGUGAAAGGCCAGAUCCCUUACUUGGGUCUAUGGAAGUCUUUGUUCGGAAAGGAUUCUUGGAUCAAAAAUUCGGAGUGAUCCAGGACGAUGCGAACUAUCUUUUGCAAGUCAUCCUCAACAAGAGGAAAUUACGGGAACAGAAACUUAAGGAGCAGAAAUUUCGAGGGCCUUGA